UAGUAGCAUAAAGUUCUGUUAGUAAUAAUACUUUGUAUAGUUCAGGUCUAACAACAUUAGAUUGUUAAAUAGAGACAAAUAAUUUAAAGCAGAUAUUGGUGAUAAAUAAAUAAUUUUAUGAUGAAGGUUUGCUAACGUGUAUUAAAGCGUUAUUUAGUAUUUUGUUAUGCUUCCGUGAUCACAUGUACGAUAUAAAAUUAAUAUUGCGUUAAAAUAAUAUACUUAUCUUGUUUGUGUGACAACACUGCGACAUUUUUGACUCAGCAUAUUUUAUACGAAUGUGUGCGUGUGUGUGUGCGUAUGUGUGUGUGUAUGUUCUGAAUUUAGUGUGAAAAACUAAUACCAGAUAGCAGUAGUAUACAGAUCAUAGACUCAUGCAGAAGGAAGAUUCUAAUCUUCGUUAAAACGUGAUCUGCGAUGGUGGAUAAUAUCGAUGACGAUUGUGAUCAGCUAGAAGUAGAUGUUAAAAAAAAGAUGGAUAAUAAUCAGCAAAACGGUGAUGUAGUUUCGACCGAACCAAGUAACGAAGAAAGAGAUAUCAAUGCAGACAUAGAUGAACAAAGAAAAAAAUACCAACCUACUCGUUUAGAAUCUUUUUUUGCAAUACUAAAAUCUUUAAUUAUUAGAGCACUGAUCGUUUACUUCAUUAGUUUUCUACUAAAACGUAACCAAUCAGACAAUAAUUCUGUAUCAAUUAAUAAUGGCAAUAAUGUUCCAAAAUUACAAGCAGUAAAUAUAUUUGAGAAUGGAACAUUAUUUGAUUUAUAUAUUUAUUUGUCUGAAGCUGAAGAUUUUAAAUUUGAUGAUCCAAAAGCUUUAAUAUGGCUUGAACAAGGAUUGAUUUAUGGAGAUUGGUAUAGUGGACAAAAUAAUGAUGGUUCUAGAAACCUGCAGUAUACUUUUACUCCAUCAGAUAAAUUACAAAAUAAUGGUUCUAUUUAUCUUCAUGUAUAUAUCACUAAAACUGGUAAAUCUCCAAAUCCUAAAGCAGGCAAAAAUGUUUAUGCUGGUGAUUAUAUCUCAUACAGAAGAAAAAUGUUAAAUAAAUUCAAAAAAAUUCGAUAUCAAAAGAGACAUAAUUUAUUAACUGGCGAAACAACAGCAAGUAAAGAAGAAAUACAAAAAGCAAAGAUAAUGGAUCAAGAAUAUAUUUCACAUUGGCAUCCAAAUUUAACUAUUAAUUUAGUAAUUGACCAAACAAAUUGGAUGUAUGGACAAGUACCACAGCCUUUAGAUGAAUAUAUAAAUUUCCUGCCUGGAAAAUCAUAUUAUGCACCAGUUAUAUAUAUAAAUGAUUUUUGGAAUAUGCAACGUGAUUAUCAACCAUUAAACAGUAGUGUAAAAGAAUUAGAACUUAAAUUGAUAUAUCAACCUCUUUCAUUAUUCAAAUGGCAGAUCUAUGCAGCUCAAUCUAUAAGAAAUAAGUGGUCAUCUUCAGUUUUAGGAGAUACAUCUGAUGAAGAUGAUACUGAUCAAGACACUUUAAAAGAAACAUUAUUAGAAACAAAUCCUUAUUUGUUGGGAUUAACUAUAAUUGUUUCAAUUUUACAUAGUGUAUUUGAAUUUUUAUCAUUUAAAAAUGAUAUUCAAUUUUGGAAUAAUCGUAAAUCUUUGGAAGGAUUAUCAGUACGAUCUGUCUUUUUCAAUGUUUUUCAAUCACUUGUUAUCCUACUUUAUGUGUUAGAUAAUGAAACAAAUACAGUAGUUCGUAUUAGUUGUGCUAUAGGUUUGUUUAUUGAAAUAUGGAAAAUUAACAAAGUCAUAGAUAUUACUGUUGAUAGAGAAUCAAGAAUAUUUAAUGUCUUUCCAAAAAUAUCCUUCCAUGAUAAAGGUUCAUACGUGGAAUCUUCCACAAAAGAGUAUGAUAGACAUGCAUUUAAAUAUUUAUCAUGGGCUCUUUUUCCACUCAUAGGAGGUUAUGCAAUAUACUCUUUAAUGUAUCUAGAACAUAAGGGAUGGUAUUCUUGGAUAUUGAGUAUGCUAUAUGGGUUUUUACUAACUUUUGGCUUUAUCAUGAUGACACCACAAUUAUUUAUAAAUUAUAAACUUAAAAGUGUAGCCCAUCUUCCUUGGCGUAUGAUGUCGUAUAAAUUCCUUAAUACUUUCAUUGAUGAUAUUUUUGCAUUUGUAAUAAAAAUGCCAACACUUUAUAGAAUUGGUUGCUUCCGGGAUGAUAUAGUUUUCUUUAUAUUUUUAUAUCAGAGAUGGAUAUAUAAGACUGAUCAUACAAGAGUAAACGAAUUUGGUUUUUCAGGUGAAAUGGAAGCUCAAUUAGUUAAUGAUAAAAAACAACGAUCUAUCAAAGAUCGUUCAAAAGAUGAAUUAAGUAAAAAAGAUAAAUAAUGCUUGAUUUAGAAUUAGUAUGAAAUAUGUUAUCUUAUAAGUUAACUCUCAAUUAAAAAAUUUACUAGUACUAAUGUACAUAAACAUACACAUAAAUGUAUUUAUUUGAGUUAUAUACAUUUUUGUGUGUAUGCGAUAUAUUCAAUUAGUUUCAAUCUUUAGACGAUUGCAGGAGCCUCGCAAAUUUAAAAAAUAUAUUGUUAUUUAAUGUUAUUUGGUAUAUGUAUUGAAGAAGUAACGGUAAUAUUUUCAUACAUUUGUAAAAACCUUGUUUUCCCGGAAGUAAUUGACAUUUUUUUUUUAUUUGUACUGUGGAGCUAUGCAUAAUACAUUGCAAUAAAAUUGAAAUUUUUAUAUUGGUAACUUA